CCACCGCUUGGAGUAUUCACAUUCAAAUUACGAGGAGUAACUAAGCAAAGUUUGUUUCAUCUUCCUUUACUGAAAAUCCUUGAUUUUCUUCAGAAACAUAAACAUCUUGUUAAGCACACUUAGUAUUAUUUUUUCUUUCUGUUUCAUGGCUUCCCCAGCUAUGAUUAAUAACAUGUUCUCUAUAUCACCACACUCUCCAAAAUGUUAUUACAAGAACCAAACCCUAGCUCUCACUCACUCCAGUUUCUUGUCAUCCGCAUCUUUUUUAAGGUUAAAGAGGAAAACCCUUUUCUCAAAUAUCAAAUCUAACAAGCCCUUAGCACCAAGACCUCUUGUUUUUGCACUUCAGUCCAACUUCUUCAAAGUUAUUCAAACUGUAUGGAAGGUUGGGAAGGAUGGAAUUGAAGCUGGAUCCAAUCUCGUGCCAGACUCUGUACCGAGGCCUAUCGCAAGGAUUUCUGUUACAGUAGUUGCUCUGUCUGCGGCACUUUUUGUACUCAGGUCAUUCCUGUCAACAGCAUUUUUUGCGCUGGCCACGAUGGGACUUGUUUAUUUCGUGUUUAUUGCCUUGAACAAAGAUCAAGGGCCAAGAGGAGGCGGUGGCAGCAGAAGUGGCUCCAUGGAAGACCCUGUAGAAGAAGCAAGAAAAAUAAUGGAAAAGUACAAAUGAAGAAUGCAUGAUCAUUGAUAGUUCUCCAUAAUCCAAAAUUUUGUAUUACACUUCCAUAUUGUGUAUGUACUGCAAAAAAAACAUAUAUACAUUUUUCUCUUCACACAA